AUGGCUGACUUCAAAUUUGCCAAUUCCCUCGCCGAAGUCCCGGGAAAACCAAGUCUUCCCGAGGAGUUCACCAUAACUGCUUCUCCCUCGACAGAUAUUUGGUCCAAACCUCCUUCGGUAGAACGAUUCAACGCUCCGAUUCUAUACAAAUCUGUUCCAUUGACUACCUUUGAGCGCGCCAGAGCUUCAUUCUCAGCCAACUGGACACAUCAAUAUGAACAAGGAGGACUCAUCCUUGUGCUAAACUACGCAAAUGGAAGUCGGAAAUGGGUCAAGACUGGCAUUGAGCUUACCCAUGGUAAACCCCAUUUAAGCACUGCGACCAAGGAUAGAUGGGCAGAUUGGAGUUUGUAUCCGGUGACAUUGGAGGGUGAUGGAACCACAACAAUAGAGAUGAUCAGAGAUCAAGAAGAUACGUUGUGGAUAUACCAUGUCAAGGACGGUCAAAAAUAUCCUCUUCGAGAAAUUACUUGGGUUUUUGAGAAGGGUGUUGCUGUUACUGAUUUCUGGGUUGGUGUGUUUGCGGCGAAGCCCUCAAGUGAGCCUGGUGAUUUAGUAGUGAAAUUUAGUUCUGUGGUGAUAGAUGUUUCUCAAUAG